UAAUUUUUCCUCUGGUCAGUGGUAUUUUUCACACAUCAAAAUGCCGUUCGGGGAAAAGCCACUCUGCGUGACAUGUAAGACGACUAAUUCCCCCCUCUGGAGGCGAAAUUCCGAUGAGAGAAUCCAGUGCAACUCGUGCUUUCUGAAUCACCGAGGAAACGGGGAAGGAAGCGAGGACGGCAAGCCAUCGGGGGCCGGGUCAGCCUCGGGGCAGAACGGCGGAGGAGCCGGUGGAAGACCGGGUCGUGAGGGAACUCGGAAAUCAGCGAGAACUGUAAAGAAACUACGCUACAAACAGAUCGUCAAUGCGGCAAAGUCACAGGCCACCAAGGGGAAAAACAGGAGGAUUGUUUUUAAAAGAAAUCCAAUGAAAUCCCCUGAAGCCAGUGCAACUGUUGUUACCAGUAACAGUGUGUUCCAUCACGGUGUGUACUUGCAAGCCGGUGACAUUGUGUCAAUUUUAGACGUUGAGGGCGGUAUUUACUACGCGCAGAUUGGAGGAUUUCUUCAAGACCAGUACGGUGACAAGAGCGCAGUGAUCACGUGGUUACUCCCCACACAAGCAACAGACAAGAACCAUUUUGAGCCUUCUACAUAUAUUUUGGGUCCAGAAGAAGAGCUCCCUCGCUCGUUGGAAUAUCUGGAGUUUGUUUGCCACACCCCCAGUGAGUACUACCGUUCCAGGACCACGCCCCUUCCUGUGGAUUCGCUGAGAGAGGAGAAGGGUUUCGUCUGGUCCAGCGUCAUCCCACAGAGGCCACCGUCGACUGCUGCAAUCUUCGGGGGGAAGAGCUGACCUGCAACUUUCUCAAUGUUUUCGCGUUUUUUUUUUCAUUCUUUAUUUUUGCAUUUUUUGUUGACCUGACAGUGGUGUUACACAAGUUGGAUUUUCAGGAGGCAAAAAGAAUGUAACUUUCUCUUCGGAAUAUUUGAGAACAGAAAAGACACUUAUUUUUGCCACAUUGACGAACGUAUUUCUUUAAUGAAAUAAUGUGUGCAUUGUUAAGUUUCCUUACUCGACUUAAUAUUGAAUAAUGAGUGAAAACGAAAAUCUUUGCAAUGUCUUUGCCCUGGAAAAAAUCUCGUAUUGGAUUCAUUGAAGCUUGGAUGUAACAGCUGUAUUGAAUUGUAAAUAAAUCCACCCAUGAAACACUAAACGGUCUGAACAGAAGUUACCUUUUUCUUCUUUUCACCUAAAAGAAAUUAUCGGUCAGGGUUCUUAGUCGUGGAAAAAUCCUUGAAUUUGAAGUUACCAUGGAGAGUAACAGAAAAGUCAUGGAAUUUUGUUAUUUUACAAGGAGUCAUUGAAAGUUGAUAUUCCAAGAAAAAAAGGAAGUCACAGAAUCCUUUAUAACCCACACGUGAUGAUUUAUAAUAUUUGGCUAUGGCAGUGUUCCAGUAUGUAUAUCAUUUCAAGAUACCUGUGAGGCACGGUCGGUGGUAAGUUCACGUUGUUUUCCUGUAAUCUUGAGUGCAUUUACUGCAAAAUU